UGAUGCCACGCGCACCGGUUGUCAUGACGCCCGCUCUCUAACCCGCGCGUCGGCGUGGCGCCGUGCCCGGGUCCCGCCGCCUCCAGGAUGAGCAGCACCGACCUGGAGCGCAUGUCGCUCAGCUCCUCCGCCAACUCGGUGGCGUCCAGCGCGCGGACGCUGUCGGCCAACGUGAGGAAGCUCCACCACGCGCUCAACCUCCUGCUCAGCGACCCGGAGCGCGAGCAGUUCAUCCACUGCCUGAACGUGUACCACGCCAAGCGCAACGUGUACGACCUGGUCCAGACCCUCAACGUGAUCCUGAACGCGCCCAGCAAGCGGCAGCUGCUGCCCAUGCUGCGGCUCGUCAUCCCCCGCUCCGACCAGCUGCUCUUCGAGCAGUACACCUCCGAGGGCCUCUACCUGAAGUCGGGUUUAGUUGCGAACAACGGCAACGCCGAGCAGCCGCCGCCCGCGGCCGGCAGCCCGACGCCCGCCGGGCACCUCCACCCGAGCAUCCCGCCGGACUUCCAGGUGGCGCUGCGCGGCUCUCCGGACAGCUUCAGCACCAGCAGCGACGGGACAGCUCCGCUGGUGCCGCUGCUCGGCAGCAACUUCAUCCACGAGCCGCCCGGCGAGCUGCGCCAGGUCACCAUGAAGCGCCACAAGAGCCACGAGGGCCUGGGCUUCAGCAUCCGCGGCGGCUCGGAGCACGGGGUCGGGAUCUACGUGUCCCUGGUGGAGCCGGGCAGCCUGGCCGAGCGGCAGGGGCUCCGGGUCGGGGACCAGAUCGUGAAAGUCAACGACAAAGUCUUCGAUAAGGUCACCCACGCGGAGGCGGUGAAGGUGCUGAAGGGCAGCAAGAAGCUCUCGCUCUCGGUGCGCUCGGUCGGGAGGAUCCCCGGCGGCUACGUCACCAACCACGUUUAUACGUGGGUGGAUCCUCAGGGCCGGAGCGUGUCGCCUCCUCCGGACCUGCCCGAGCAUCGGAGCGCCACCCUGAAAAGAACCGACAGCCAGAGACGGAGCAACAUGCAGCUCCUGCAGGAGGGGGACGAAAAGAAGGUGAACCUGGUUCUGGAUGACGGCCGCUCUCUGGGUCUGAUGAUCCGAGGCGGAGCUGAAUAUGCGUUGGGGAUUUACAUCACCGGAGUGGACAGAGGCUCCGCAGCAGAGUGCGGCGGACUCAAGGUCGGCGACCAGAUCUUGGAGGUGAACGGCCACAACUUCCUGAGCAUCCCCCACGACGAGGCCGUCCGGGUCCUGAAGUCCUCGCGACACCUCAUGAUGACGGUGAAGGACGUGGGCCGCCUGCCGCACGCCAGGACCGUGGUGGGGGAGACCAAGUGGAUCGCCAGCUCGCAGAUCACAGAAAGCUCCACCAACAGCAGCAUGGCGAGCUUCUCUGUGGAACAAGGAGCCUCUGCCGCAGGAAAGCCGGGGUUUUAUAAGGGCGUGGCGGGUUCUCAGGUGACCCUGUCCAGCCUGGUCAACCAGUCCCGGGCCAUGCUGGAGGAGCAGGCGCGCCACCUGCUGACGGAGGCGGAGCGUCAGACCAUGAGCUACUACGUGGAGGAGUACAGAGACGGGCACGUCGGCAUCGAGCAGCUGGUCAUGGCGCUGUUUGAGCUCCUGAACACGCACGCGAAGUUCUGUCUGCUGUCGGAGGUCCGAGGCCUGGUCACCCCUCAGGACCUGGAGCAGUUUGACGGGAUGGUGCUCCGUCGAGAGAUUCAGGCUCUGAAAGCGCGACAGGGGCCAGCCGGGACCACGGUCGUGCAGCCGGACUCCCUGUCCAUGGUGUCGUAUCCGGACAACUCGUCUUCAGCCAGCUUCAUGACCAACACCACCCUCAGCUCUGCACGGAACGACAGCGUGGCGGAGAGUAACGAGGAGGAUCCUCCGGAGAGUGUGAACACGCUGCUGACUGACGUGUCUCUGGAUGAUGUUCAGUCCGCCACAGCAGAGCCUCCCCCCUCCUUCAAGCCCCCGCCCCCUCCAGGGGCGCCGAGGCGCCCGAGCAGGCGAGACGUGCUCAUCAAGUGCCCCUCGUCUGAAUCCUCCCACUCGGGCCUGUUCUUCACCGCCCCGAGCUCUCACAACCCCCCCGCCUCGCCCUCCCUGCGCCACGAACGAGACCCGUCUCUGGACUACGCCUCCGUCAAAAAGAAGGAGCCCAAAAAAGACAAAAUCACCCCCGCUCAGCUGGCCUCCGUCUCCCAGCACAGCAUCGGGCCCUUCCCCAGGGUGCAGUCCCCCAGCACAGGGGUCAAACCUGCCACCCCAUCACCACCGCCGCCACCACCCCUCCCAGCUCCGCCCCCUCCUCCCUCUCUGCCCCCUAAACCCGUGUCCGUAUCUAAAGCCUCCCCGGCCUCGUCUCCUGGAUCCAAACAGCAGUUUGUGACCGUGGAGGUCCACCGGCCCAACGCUGAACCUGAUGUCAACGAGGUGCGGCCGCUGCCCCAAGCUCGAGGUGGCGCCCUGUCUCAGCUGUCCGACAGCGGACAGACCCUCAGUGAGGACAGCGGCGUGGACAUAGCUGAGUCAGGACGCCUCAGCAAAGACAGUAGCCCCAAUUCCGCACGUCUCCCCCGAGACCCCCAGGGGGCAGGAGGGGACACCCCCUCCAAACCGCCGGGGCUUUUGGAGCCCACCUCCACACUGGUGAGGGUGCCAAAGAGUGCCAGCACCCUUGGCAUUGCCAUCGAGGGCGGAGCCAACACUCGCCAGCCGCUGCCACGAAUCGUCACAAUACAGAGGGGGGGUUCGGCUCAUAACUGCGGCCAGCUGAGGGUGGGCCAGGUCAUCCUGGAGGUGAACGGGGUUUCCCUGAGGGGCCACGAGCACAGGGACGCCGCGCGCCUCAUCGCCGAGGCCUUCAAGACCAAAGACAGGGACCACGUGGACUUCCUGGUCACCGAGUUCAACGUGGCUCUAUAGCUGCGAGCCGGAGGACAGACGAGGACGUUCAGGACCCGGAGGACAAGACGAGGACGUUCAGGACCCGGAGGACAGACGAGGACGUUCAGGACCCGGAGGACAGACGAGGACGUUCAGGACCCGGAGGACAGACGAGGACGUUCAGGACCGCGGGGCGUCUGACGUAAAGGCACAAGUUGUAGACUAAACCACCUCUGAGACCCCCUUCUGUUCCGUGAACCCACCUUUGAACCCGAGUCGUUGGGUUGUCCCUGAACUCUCCGCAGGAAUCUUCUCAGCGUCUCACCUCCAGCUCAGACCCGACGGUACGGUGGACAUCUUUUGUUUGUUUUACCAGAGCUCGGGCGGCAGCGGCUCGUAGCACCGCCCGACGUGCUCGACUCGGCGAGUUUGGGUUUGUACUGUAUGUAAAAAACUGGACUAAUGUAGAUACACAUGGAUUUAUGCUGCACACAAAGAUUCUCCUCUAUGAAAACUAUUAAAGC